AUGGAGAAGAUGAAGAUAGAAGAGGUUCAGUCCACUGCCAAGAAGCAGCGAAUCGCUACACACACUCACAUCAAAGGCCUCGGCCUCGAGCCCAAUGGAACACCAAUUCCUUUAGCUGCUGGCUUUGUCGGUCAGCUGGAGGCAAGAGAGGCAGCUGGUCUUGUUGUAGACAUGAUAAGGCAGAAGAAGAUGGCUGGUAGGGCAUUGUUACUUGCUGGGCCUCCUGGUACUGGGAAGACUGCUUUGGCGCUCGGGGUAUCCCAAGAGCUGGGAAGCAAGGUUCCAUUCUGUCCAAUGGUAGGAUCAGAAGUUUACUCAUCUGAAGUGAAGAAAACUGAGGUUUUGAUGGAAAAUUUCCGACGUGCUAUUGGGUUACGAAUCAAGGAAAAUAAAGAGGUCUAUGAAGGAGAGGUUACUGAACUCUCCCCAGAAGAAACUGAGAGCAUGACGGGCGGUUAUGGUAAAAGCAUCAGCCAUGUCAUUAUUGGACUUAAAACUGUCAAAGGAACCAAACAAUUGAAGUUGGACCCCACUAUUUAUGAUGCCUUGAUUAAGGAAAAGGUGGCUGUUGGAGAUGUUAUUUACAUUGAAGCAAAUAGUGGAGCUGUCAAAAGAGUUGGUAGAAGUGAUGCUUUUGCUACAGAAUUUGACCUUGAAGCAGAAGAGUAUGUUCCACUUCCUAAAGGAGAGGUUCACAAAAAGAAGGAAAUUGUGCAGGAUGUAACACUACAUGAUCUAGAUGCUGCAAAUGCACGGCCUCAAGGUGGGCAAGACAUCCUGUCUCUAAUGGGUCAGAUGAUGAAACCAAGGAAAACAGAAAUCACUGACAAAUUACGACAAGAAAUAAAUAAGGUUGUUAACAGAUAUAUUGAUGAAGGAGUUGCAGAGCUUGUACCCGGAGUCCUUUUCAUUGAUGAGGUACAUAUGCUGGAUAUGGAGUGUUUUUCAUACUUGAAUCGUGCUUUAGAGAGCUCGCUGUCCCCGAUAGUGAUAUUUGCUACAAACAGGGGAAUAUGCAAUGUAAGAGGGACUGACAUGGAUAGCCCUCACGGCAUACCAGUCGAUUUAUUGGACCGAUUGGUCAUAAUCCAGACAAAAAUCUAUGAUCCUGCUGAAAUGAUACAGAUCUUAGCAAUUCGAGCACAGGUAGAGGAACUAGUUGUAGAUGAAGAAAGCUUGGCCUUCCUUGGGGAGAUUGGGCAGAGAACAUCCUUAAGACAUGCAGUUCAGCUGUUGUCUCCUGCCAGCAUUGUGGCGAAAAUGAACGGCCGAGACGCUAUAUGCAAGGCUGACCUCGAGGAAGUCAGCUCCCUGUAUCUGGAUGCCAAGUCUUCAGCUAAGCUUCUUCAGGAGCAGGCGGAGAAAUACAUUUCAUGAUAAAUCUAUUUAGGCCGUUCUUCUAUCCACCUGCAAAGUAACAUUUUUGUGUCUGAUAGCUCCAUGAUCGGUAUUUCGGCAGAGGGAGGGUUUGCAUUUUAGGAUUUUUAUCUCUUGAUUCUAAAAGUUAUUGAAAGUCAAAGAAUUAUGAUUUUGAUCCUUUUUAUUCUUCGACCCCAGGCAUCAGUGUUGAAAUGACUGUAAUACUUAAUCCAUACACCAUUGGCGUUGUCUAUAUGUUCAACAAAAGCCAGUGGGAAAAAGAAAAAGAAAAAGAAAAAGCACUCUCCAGCAUACCUCUGGUUCUGCUUGGGAAAUCAGGCUCCGGCUUUUGUUGAGGGAUUUAAACGUUACACAAAUAUAAUUAAUGUUUGUAUACACCGUUGUAGUAGUACCUUAACACUAUGUUUGGAUCUUAAUAUAGAAUUUUAAUGUAUGAUA